AGAAGAAGAGUUUGCGAUACUCGCGUUAGACGCUUGGAACUUCCGACAAUGUACUGUAUUGUUCUAAAUGGGCAUUAUUUCGUGCGUGUUUCUCUAUACAGUAAUUAAGAAGCUUUGAACGAUAAUAUUAAUCACACUUGCAAUCUUUUUCGAGAAAAGUACGAGAGAGGAAUGUCUGUAAACUAUGCUGCUGGCUUGUCCCCGUACGACAAUAAGGGCAAGUGUGGGAUGCCAGAGAAAUAUGACCCGCCGGACAUCUUGGAAUCGAAAAUCAGAGAGUUGGCUGACAUGAUUAGGAUAAGUCGCCAUUUUGUCGUUCACACAGGAGCUGGUAUUAGCACUUCAGCUGGAAUCCCAGACUUUAGAGGCCCCAAAGGUGUGUGGACCCUGGAGAAGAAAGGCGAACAACCACACUUUAAUGUGACAUUUGAAUCAGCUCGUCCCACCAGUACACAUAUGGCACUUGUUGGAUUGGAGAAAAAGAAUAUGCUGAAGUACACAGUGAGCCAGAACGUGGAUGGACUUCACAUCCGCUCCGGGUAUCCAGUCAGUCGACUCUCCGAACUCCAUGGCAACAUGUUUGUGGAAGAGUGUAAUAAAUGUGGCACCCAGUACAUACUGAGCACCUGCACCCCGACCAUGGGUCUGAAGCUGACUGGGAGGAGUUGUACUCAGUCUAAAUCCAGGGGGCGCUGCAGAGGUAAGCUGACGGACACCAUCUUGGAUUGGGAGGAUUCACUUCCUGAACAGGACCUCAAACAGGCAGAGAUAGAAUCCAAGAAAGCGGACCUCAGCUUGUGUUUAGGCACAUCGUUACAGAUUGUUCCGAGUGGGAACCUGCCUAUGAUGACAGUGGGUAGUGGAGGGAAGCUAGCUAUCGUCAAUCUUCAGCCCACAAAGCACGACAAGUAUGCAAAACUAAGAAUAUGGGCAUAUGUGGAUGAAGUCAUGACAAGGGUGUGCAAGAUUCUCAAUGUGGAUAUUCCAGAUUUUGAACGUCCAGUGGUUACAAUAAGUUCAGAACACUCGGUAAACAAGAAAAUAUCAAACUAUGUGAUACUGGACAAAGAAUUGUUUCCAGAUUACAAAGGUUACAUCAAAGGGUGGUCAAGUCAAGGUUCAGAACAAGAGAAUGAUAUUGAAAACAAGGCACAAACAGAGGUGGCUGAGAAUAAGAAUAUGAAAUCAGUGAAAAGUGAGUCCAAAUCAUCAACUCUGUCUGAUUUGACUGGCAAGGACAGUGAGCUGAAGGAUUUUAAACCGUCAGCUACUAAACUAACUGUUCGGCCUGAAAUUUCUCCUCCCAAGCCUUCUACAACAAAACCAUGUCAGGAUCCACAACCUCUCAAAGAUUUCAGUCGUGAACGAGUUGUACAGAAACUGAUUGAACAGCAGAUAUUGGAUGAAGGAACUUCACAGCAGACUAUAGCUGUAGUUGACCAAUCAGGACAGGUGUUACAACAGGGCCCCAACUCGUUACCCAAUCAACAAGUGGUUUACCCUCCUGUGACUCAGAACUGGACUAAUCCUCCACCACCAGUUCAACCUGAAAUGACAUACACCCACAAACGGUUUGGAGAGUUACCACUGGACAGUGUACAGUAUCAACAAGCAGUGCCUUUGGGUUAUGGACAGAGUACCAUCACCGUACCAACGGUCCAUCCAUCAAUGCAGGCCACACAAACCUUACAGGGAGUUCACCAGCCUCUGGUGCACACCACACAACAGGCUCAGCUGCAGAUGCCACCACAGCCGCCCCAUCUGCAGACACACAUGCAGGUUCCCACGUCGCUCCCUGCUGUACAGACACAGGGCGGUCAGGGACAGCUGCACGGGACACACUCAGUGUCUGAGGUGCAGCCUGCACAUGUUGAGGUGCUCAACUCACAGACUCACUCACAUCAAGGUCACAGUUCACACAACUUGACCUUGACCUCCAAUACAGCACACCAUCCUCUGGAUCAAGCUGUCAGUAUGGGGUCAGGGUUGCCUGGAUUCCACAACAGUCAGGAUGCUGAGUUUCAGGAAGCAGUUGCAGGGGAACCUAGUGCCAAGACUCGCAGGAUGAAUGAAAAGACUUAUAUCAGCCUCUAGCUGAUGGCACCUUCUGAUCCACACAUCACAUGACAAACUGAUCUGAAGUACACCAUGUGCACCAUAUAUACUAAACUGCUAUCUACUAUGGUUUACUUUGUUGAGAUAUAGAUUUGUGUCACCGAGGAAAUGUUGAUACAUACUGUUGAAUAAGAUGUUUUGUUGGCCUUCAGUUUGUUACAAUGUACAUGGAUUUUCUUUGCGGUAAAUCAGUUUCCCCUGCUGUAUCUGUUGAUAUUUCACAAAGCCAUCAUAGAACCAUGGCUGUAGUAACCCCUCGGUACUGCUAUAUCCCUUUGUGGACUCUGAAGAAGCUUGCAAGCCUGUCAAAUCAUAUCCAUGUAGGGUGUAUGUUUGGUGGCCGAGUGUUGUGAUAUUUCUACACUUCGAUUAGUAUCAAGUUAUCUUUAUCAGACCAUCCAAUGUGUCCAGUUGAGUUUGAAGUGUUUAGUGUUGCUAUGUUAUCACAUAGUGGGGACAUCCCAUCUGAUGCAGCCUAGGGAAUACCACACCAGAUGUUAUCCUGUAAUCUGGACUGAAUGCAUAAUUGUAUGAUUACUGUAAACAUGGUAAACAAGGAAAUAUU